UUGAUAGAGAAUAAAAGCCAGUAACAAUUUUUUUAUCGCGCACAUUAUACUUGAUUUCGUUUUCAAUCUCUGUGCCGUGUCUUAAGAAGUACUUCAAAGAUUUUGUUCGAAACACGGUCACCCAGUUCAACAGAAAUUGUACGAUAUACCGCGCAAAAAUUCGUUGCAUUAAAUUGUACUUAACCAAUUGAAUCAUAACCUUGAUUUCACGACCUUUAAUUCUAAAUCAUGAAGUCCAAAAUAAUAAACGCCGAGAAUCUGGAUCCACAACCGUUGUUACUAAUAAAUAAAGAAGGAGUUCGAAAAUAUUGGGGAAAGUCUGAGUCCGAUGUCUGUGAAAUUCUAAAAGAUCUUCAAGAAUGGAUCAAGAAACAAAAUUUUCCCGAAAUGCCAACGAAUCACAUGAUAGAAUUUUUUCUUACGAACUGCAAAUACAAAGUUGAAGCUACUAAAGAUGUUCUCAGUACUUAUUACAAAAUAAGAAAACAAGUCCCUGAAAUAUAUGAAGAUUCUAACCCUCGACUAUCAGAAAUAGAGAAGUCUUGGACUAUGGGAUGUUAUUGUCCAUUACCACAAUUAACAGAUGACUUAUGCAGAAUAUCUAUUGUCAAACUUGACUCAAAUACGUCCAACUUUGUGGCUAGUUCAUAUUUUGCCAAUAUAAUGAACAUUUAUGAACUACGGAUAUACGAAGACUUAUGCCUUAGCGAAAUUAUUAUUUGCGACUAUAGUGCUUUAAGUUGGGGACAUGUUUUUAAGAUGGAUAUUUUUACCGUUCGAAAAAUGGCACAUAUAAUGAAUUCACUUAAAAACAGAGUAAAGCAGUUACAUAUUGUGGAUUCCCCAUCGUGUAUAAACAUAAUCAUAGCAUUAGCCAAAAAGUUACUUAACAAGAAAUUAGCAGAUAGGAUUGUGGUCCAUAAAUCAUAUGAUAGUCUUUACGAGCAUGUUCCAAAAGACUUACUCCCCUGUGAUUAUGGUGGCAAAGGAAGGCCUUUAGAAGAAAUCAUUGAUAUGUGGAAAGAAAAGGUAAAGCAAUAUCAGGACAGGUUUGACACCUUAGAGGCCUGGAGCAAAUCGGAUUGAACAAGGAUCUCAGUGUUUUAUAGGAAUAUUUGUUUAUUUUUAUAUGUUUAUAUGAUGAGUAGUAUAUAUUAUACUAUUUAUUUAUUUCUGUUAUAUUCUUUAAUAAAGAAGUUAUUAUAAUUAAGUGUUA